CCCCGCCCCGCGCACGGAGCCGCCAUUGCGGGUUGUUUGUGCGGGCGCGCAGCGGGCGCGGGCGGGAGGCGGCGCCGCGGCUCCGCCAUGUCCACCCCGGCGCGCCGCCGCCUGAUGCGCGACUUCAAGAGAUUGCAAGAAGACCCUCCUGUGGGUGUCAGUGGUGCACCAUCUGAGAAUAAUAUAAUGCAAUGGAAUGCAGUUAUAUUUGGACCAGAAGGGACACCUUUUGAAGAUGGUACUUUUAAACUAGUAAUAGAAUUUUCUGAAGAAUAUCCAAAUAAGCCUCCAACUGUUAGGUUUUUAUCAAAAAUGUUCCAUCCAAAUGUAUAUGCAGAUGGCAGCAUAUGUUUAGAUAUUCUUCAGAAUCGCUGGAGUCCAACAUACGAUGUUUCAUCUAUUUUAACUUCAAUUCAGUCUCUGCUUGAUGAACCCAAUCCAAACAGUCCAGCAAACAGUCAGGCAGCACAACUUUACCAGGAGAACAAACGUGAAUAUGAGAAAAGAGUUUCAGCUAUUGUCGAACAAAGUUGGAAUGAUUCGUAACAGCGCUGUGUUACUCUCCAUCCUCAUAAUCAUUAUGUACAAUUUAACUCUCAAUAGAAAGGCUACCAGAAAUUUCAAGUGCCACAGUUCUAUGAAUUUGCAUAAAAACUCAUUUGCAAACAAAAUUAAGCCCUCCAGUUUAGGGAAAGCUAAAAGCUUGUGUAUCUCAAUUAACAUCCUUUUUAUUGCAUGGUAAGAACUAAGUUAUUGCUACAUAAAUUUGUAAUAUAUCCUGUUUGUAUUUUUUUUUCCAAGUGUAUGUUGGUGUGGAGUUUUCAUGACAAGAAUAUACACAUUUUGUAAAUCUGUACUUUUUCAAAUAUUGAAUGCCUUAUUUUUGAAUUCUUUAGAUUUUUAAAUUGGAGAAAAGCACUUAAAAAAGUUUUUAUAUAUGAAUAUUUAAUGUAAAACUGUUAAAUACAUAACCUUAGUGCAAGACAUUCUGCUCUCACUCUAUCUUUUUCCAAGGGCUCAAUUUUUGUCCAUGCUAUUGAUAGCCUGCACUUUACAAACAGAAAAGUUAAUCCACAAUGCAACUGUCUUCAUGGCAUGUCUUUGCUUCUGCACCACGGCUUGCCUUGAUUCUGUGUGUCCUCAGUUGUAUGAGGAAGAGACGUUUUGGUAGUUGUCAAUUACAAAUGGGGAAACAGAUGUAAUGAUUUUGCUAAAAGUCCCACCUUAAACCAGCAGCAGACUUGCAAACAUAACUUGGAUGACCAGGCUUGGUGAUAAAAUUAUCUUUAUUUUUCUGAAAUAUUGUAUUUUACCAACCUGGAAAAUGUUGCCAUCUAAAUCUGUCCUAUAUUCACAUAGUGCGACUGUAAUAUAGUUUUGAAUAUCUUCUAAUAAUUAAAGAAGGUUUCCCCUUAGUUUCCCUUGGGGGUAGGGAAAAAAAUCACCAAUAGAAGAAAACAUCUACAGAUCUAACGGAGUUCGACUGUGUACCGUGUGGUCUGGUCUCACGUCUGUAUCACACAGGCUCCACAUAUUCUUAAACUGACAGCUUAAAGAACUUUGGCUUUGAUUUUUAAUUGUUGAUUUGGUAAUUUCUUACUGUAUUCUGUAAACCACAUUAGCUGACUAACAAAAAUAAUUAAGCCACUUUUUUUCUUCCAGCAUUAAACUAUUAACAACUUUGUCAUAA